AUGAGUGCCUUCGGAACCUCGGAUGCUGGUCGCCCCCAAAGCAUAUACAGUGGCGAGGUUGCUCAGCAUUUCAUUAUGCCCACAAUCAACGUCCCUAGUCGGAGACCCUUCACAGAAGCCGGGAAAGGCCUUGGUAGGCUCAAGCUACUCGUAGCUGGUAAAUCAGGCGUAGGGAAGACCGCUUUGAUUCGAACUAUAACACAAUCUUGCUCGCACAUCGUACACGUUGACCCUACUGUGCCAGUGGCAAUGGCGUCCAAAGGUUUCCUGCCAACAAAGACGAUGCCGAACAGCCCCCCAAUAUCUCAGGGCACCUUCCAGAUCACAGAGACAUUAGCCAGCACCAAGCCGUACCCAUCCUGGUGGAAGGAAUCGGCCUUUUCACCCCCUGCGCCUGCUCCGAUUCAACCAGAGGACACAAUCCUAGACAGAAACAUCUGUCUGGUCGAUACGCCUGGAUAUCAGGAAACAUGUCGCCCAACGGAUACUAUGGGCCAAGUCUUACAAUACGUUGAAUCGUACCUUCAAAAGAGCCGCCUCGACGGUCUAGAAGACCCCGAUGUUCUAAAUACAAUCAGUGGAAGCGGCGGCUUGCUUAUUGAUGCAGUGCUCUACAUGAUUCCCAGUUCAGAGCAGACAGCAGCAACAAAGAAGCACAUUGCCCAACAAUUUGCCGAGGCUGGCCUCGGGUUGUUUUCUUUCGAUCCCUCGACGAAUGGCGUGGGAGAACAACAUAUAUAUGCUGCUUCUAGCGAGUUGGGAUCGGAUUCAGAGGUCAUGGACGCCAGUCUACUCAUGAGCUCCGAGUAUGUGCAACCUUUUGUGCCCUCCGAUCUCUCACAGUUAUUGGAAAACAUAUUUUGCGUGAAUGGCGCAACUUGGCUUCGCCAUGCUGCGGCAGCAAAGCUUCUGGGUUGGCGCACUCGUCAUCCCGGGCCCAGUAACGUCUCCGGCUUCGCCUCAAAAUCAGAAGGCUCGACGGAUAUGUGGUUGAUGCGUCCCGGGGCCGGAUCACUGACGCCCCUUGCCAUGAGUCGCGCUCCAAACUAUGCUACCUGUGAUGAAAGAUUCUGCCGAGUGCAGCUCACGAACUGGGCAGCAGAUCUACAACGCAGCCUGGCCAACGAAAAGCGGAUGCAAGAGCGUAGGGCAUGGGAGCAAGCAGCUAUGUUGUCGAGGGAGGCUUGGAGAGAUGGCCGCUCUGCAUCGGGUGGUGAUGGCGCAGAUAUGGCAUUGACGAGAAGUAGAGGACGGGGAGAACGUCAGCAAUCCCUCCGUAAGAGGAGACACAGUACUGGCUCUGGCCUAGAUUGGGGGCUUGUAAGACAUCAGGAUCCAUUGGGUUUGCUUCAGCUUAAUGCCGACUUUAGAUGGCAGGGUUGGAAGACGCUGGAAAUGGUUGGAGGCAUUGGGAUACUGGGAGGUUUGGCGUGGUUGCUUGUUUAG